GCAGUUUGCUGCUGGAGAGGGCGAGCUGCUCUUCUUCUGUCCUUCUCUCCACCGAACCCGCAUUGUUUAGGAUCAGCUGAGUCCUGAAACCCCACCCAGGCAAGGGCACAGGGAGAGAGAGGGGUUUAUUCGGAACACACCAGCACUGGAUCGGAACCUGAGCGCUCCAACUCUCUGUCGCUCCCUCCUCUUGUGUGUGUUUUUAAACUUCCCUCCGUUAAAGCAGGAAGAUUUCAGUUCCAUCUUUCCUUCCUCUGGGCCGGAGUCAGCUGAUCGGCACACACACACACACACACCCCACCUUCAUCAUCAUCAUCUCCAUCCAGAUCCAGGAUGAUCGCGUUAUUUAAUAAACUCCUGGACUGGUUUAAAGCUCUGUUCUGGAAGGAGGAGAUGGAGCUGACACUGGUGGGCCUGCAGUACUCCGGGAAGACCACCUUCGUCAACGUGAUAGCGUCAGGACAGUUCAGCGAGGACAUGAUCCCCACUGUCGGUUUCAACAUGCGUAAGAUAUCUAAAGGAAACGUUACCAUUAAGCUGUGGGAUAUUGGUGGGCAGCCGCGGUUCCGCAGUAUGUGGGAGAGAUACUGCAGGGGGGUCAGUGCCAUUGUGUACAUGGUGGAUGCUGCAGAUCCAGAGAAAAUCGAAGCAUCUAAAAACGAGCUGCACAACCUGUUAGAUAAACCCCAGCUGCAGGGUAUUCCUGUUCUGGUGUUGGGGAAUAAGAGGGAUCUUCAUGGGGCGUUGGAUGAGAAGGAGCUGAUCGAGAGGAUGAACCUGUCUGCCAUCCAGGACCGGGAGAUCUGCUGCUACUCCAUCUCAUGUAAGGAGAAGGACAACAUCGAUAUCACACUACAGUGGCUGAUCCAGCACUCCAGAACCAGGCGGAGCUGAUGGGUGGAGCUUCUGAUUGGAGAAACAAUAUCAUGUGACCACCUGUAUGCCAAGUCCUGCCCCUUCGGGUUUAUGCCCCUCCCCUGUUCUAACUCUCUCUAAACCACCUUUACUUCCUCAACAAAUUGUGAUAAAUAUAAUUUGCACUGUUUACAGUUUCGUUUUUGUUUUUAAACUUUUAUGCAUUUUUUAUAAUAAUGAAAUAGAGGCCAGAUGGAUUUCAGUCACAUGAUGAAUACAUUUUUUUUUUUUUUUGCGCAGCUUUUUCAUCCAUCACUAGUUGAUUAAGUGAUAAAUCACACUAUCAUCAUCAAGGACCAGAUUCAUCGUCACGUCUGUGUGUGAAUGUGGAAGUUUUGGGAUAAUUUCAUAAAUUGUGAUAAAAUGAUCAGGUGAUUUACACAAAUCGUGAAAUCACGUCAACACACACCUCCGUAACUCAGACUGAGAUGAUCAUGAUGUUUCACACUAAUGUGUGUUUUUUGUUUCAUGUUUGCCUUUGUACGUGUGUGUGUGUGUGUUUAAAGGAAAGGUCUUAAUAAAAUAUCCACAGUGUCCCUCCCCUCACAGUGUCCCUCCCCUCACAGUGUCGCCGAGGCUAACGUAACUAACAGUGAAUGAUGUUAAAAAGCCGCCGGUUUCGUGGGUCAGCUCAUGAAAUUUAAUUAUCAAUUUAAGGUGGAAUUGUAUUAUUUAGGAUGUAAGGCCCCAGUCCACCUUAAAUCUGUUGGCUAUCUGACCCAUGAGUCCAGAUUUGUAGUAAUUUGUUUACAGGAAUUCCUCUUUCAGUUCUUAAGGUGCCACUGAGUUACACUGAUGGUCCAUCAGGUUUAAACUCCAGUCCACCUUAAAUCUGUCAUGUGUUUGUUUAUGCUCAAUGUCAGACAAAAUAAAGUGAACUUUUGUCCUGUUUUUUUUUUCUUUUUUUUCUGUUCUGAUCAUGAGCAGCGUUAAAUCUCCAGGUCCAUGUGUAUGUGUACAGUUUGGUCUUUUUUUUUUUUUUAGACACGUGGUUGAUUUUAAAAUCUGUCCUGAUUUUUAACUUGAUGUUGUAAAUAACAACAAAACACAAAGCCCUUCUUCUGACUGAACUUUGAGAGGAAAAAAAUAAUCUGUUGUGAUUUCUGUGAUUAAAAUUAACAAAUAUAAAACACUCCCUGGUUUAGAGAA